UUUAUAGUAAAAGUUUCUGUUGUGUUAAAAGCAAAAGUAUGUCUUGCGACCUGAAGCAACUUAAAUAGUUUCAUACUUGCAACAUAAAACUAAAAUGUUUCGCAACUUAAAAGCAAUUUGUGGAUUAGCCAUCAUUUUUAUAUUUUUUCACAGAAUAAUCGACUGCCAAUAUGUGUAUAUUGAUCAGAACCAACAAACCAACGGGUCGGAAUUGAUGCAAAAAUCAAGGGGGGUCGAGGAAACGUUUGAAACAAUGGAAGAAACAUAUUUGAAAGGAAAUAGACCGCUUAAUAGAGGGCCCUAUUUUGAUACGUCAGCUACUAAAAAUGUAACAUCAUUGGUGGGUAAAACGGCGCAUUUAAAUUGCCGUAUUAAGAACCUUGGAAACAAAACAGUCUCGUGGAUCAGACAUAGGGACUUACAUCUACUGACUGUGGGUGAAAGCACCUAUACAUCCGAUCAAAGGUUUACUUCCAUAUACAACAAGCUAACUGGAGACUGGUCGCUGCAGAUCAAAUUUCCGCAAAUCAGAGAUUCCGGUGUUUAUGAGUGUCAAGUCUCCACAACGCCUCCCGUUGGCUAUACAAUGGUGUUCUCUGUCGUCGAACCAAUAACAACUAUUCCCGGCGGUCCCGAAUUGUACAUCGACAUGGGAUCAACAGUUAAUUUAACUUGUAUCGUUAAACACCUGCCAGAUCCACCUUUAACAGUGCACUGGACACAUAACAACGAGGAAAUUAAUUACGAUUCACCACGUGGCGGAGUUUCUGUCAUCACCGAAAAGGGGGACAUAACAACGUCAUAUCUUCUGAUACAAAAGGCGAGAAUCUCAGAUUCGGGCAGAUAUUCUUGCUUGCCAUCCAAUGCGAAUUCUAAAUCGGUAAACGUGCAUGUUCUAAAUGGCGAUCAUCCAGCUGCCGUUCAACGUGCCACUGAUUCAUUGAAGUAUUAUAGCAAUUUAAUUGUUGUGUUAAUUGUGAGUCGUAUAAUCUAUAUAAUACAUUAAAUCUUGUAUGUAUGUAUAACGUAAAAAUUAAAUAUUUCUUACAUUGUUAUAGAUUCGAAAAUUUUAUAGAUAUUUAAUGGAAUAUCAUUGUAAAUUAAAAAAACAUUUUCUAUGUAAAUAUAAUUUAUCUGAUCUGAUUAA